AUGGUAACUCAAAAUUUGUCUCAAGGUUGUUGGGUACCACUUAACAAGUUGAUUGAGAUACAACUCUCCAAUUGCUCCGAAUGUGAAGAAAUCCCAAUGCUUGGGCAAUUGCCAAAUCUUAAGUCUCUCUGGUUAAAAGGAUUGACAAAUUUGGCGUCCAUAAAUUCUUCUUUCUAUGGAUUAGUGAAUGAGGAGACACGUAUUGUUUUUCCAGCUCUAGAAAGGCUCGCGUUGGUUGAAAUUCCUAAGCUUAUAGAGUGGGCAGAAGUAGAAUCUGAAGGUGCAAGUGAUGUGAAGGUAUUUCCUAACCUCCAACACUUGGAGAUCUCUCAGUGCAAGCAAUUGAUGAGUUUUCCUAAUCAUUCGUGGCCAUGCCUCAAAAGUUUGAUCAUCAAGGGGAGUGGGAGCAUGCCUUUCACAUGCAUAUUCAAGACAGAAUUAAAGUUGCUAACAGAGCUUUGGAUAGAAGGAAUAGAUGAUCUGGAAUAUCUCCCAAAUUGGUUAUUCUAUAACAAUCCCAAUCUCUUGGAGUUAAGUGUAAGAAUGUGUUCCAAUUUGAAAGAACUACCAGAUGGUCUAGGCACCCUCAGUUCUUUGGAGAAGUUGAGUAUAAGGGACUGUCCAAAUUUGGAACGAAUAGGAGUUACUGGUUUGCAACAAUCACAAGGAAGCCUCACAUGUCUUAAAAGGUUGGAGAUUUGUGAAUGCAAAGCUUUGUUGUACUUUCCAUGUGAAAUGGUAGGAUCCUUGCUUGAGGAUACUGGAGUUGAUAUAUUUAAGUAGCCUAAAGAAUCUACCUGGGAUAAUUGAUUGUCUGCCAAAAUGGCCUCGUCUAUCAC